UACACAAAGCCAACCUCAGGAAGCACACUGAUAUCCAGGGGGAAGUAAAGAGCCUCGGUGUGAAUGGCUCGUUUGUAGGGGCGAACGUCACUUAGCAACACUUAGCAACCCAGUCCUGGAGAUUUCCCUUCAACCCUGAUGAUGAUGAUGUCGUCGGAGGGAGUGAAGAGCCAGCAAGAGUGCUCUCUGCCGCCGCGUCAUUCAGCUCCGACUCGCUGAAAGUUUGUCCACGCUCCUCUCCAACUUGAAAGAGGGCAGCGUCAUUGGUUGAUAGAACUUGAUCGGAGGUUGGUCGUACUUCAAACUCUGAAUCUUUCCCUGCAUCGGUCUCUCCUUUGUCCGUACAUGGCUGCUGUUUGUUAAUCGCAUUGAACAAACACCUUUUUUACUUUCAACCACUUAGUCUGAGACUUCCAGAAGAGUUUGCUGUAUUGUACAUCAAUUGGAGACUUGGACAGUCUACAAAUGCAAGGUUGACCCGAGAGGGUGCCUUUGGAGUUUGAGGACAUCAGCUCUUGUGUUUCUCUUGGUAACUCCUCUUGAACAUGCCAUCCAGGACUUUCAGUGGACCUGUUGAUACUGUCCCUCCUUCAUCUACCUCCUUCGUUUCUAGCGUUGCAACCAUGAAGACUCUCUCUUUCUCAUCAGAGGUUUACGUUGAGAUAUUUGUAGGAUGUGUCGUCUUCAUACUGGCAAGCUCUUGGAGGAAAAUUCGCAACAUGGUUCACUGGUCACCGUUCGUCCAGUCCUUCAAGAAAAAAUACCCCUGGGUCCAACUAGCGGGACAUCAAGGUAACUUCAAAGCCGGUGAAUAUGGUACCAUCCUCAAGAAAUACUGCCCGAAGGAACAGACAGCAUUGAGCUCAUUAAUGUCAGACGUCCUGAGACCGUAUAUACCGGAAUACAAGGGAAUCGUAGAGAGGAACUCAGAAAAAUACGUUCAAAUGCAGGAUCUUCUGGGUGAGUUUGACAACCCUUCCGUCAUGGAUUGCAAAAUGGGAACAAGAACGUAUCUCGAAGAGGAACUCAUGAAAGCGAGGGAAAAGCCCAAACUCAGAAAGGACAUGUAUCAGAAGAUGAUUGAGAUCGACCCCAACGCACCAACGGAGGAGGAGAAGAACAGGCAAGCCAUCAUCAAGCCACGCUACAUGCAAUGGAGGGAAUAUGUGAGCUCUUCAGCGACGCUCGGCUUCAGAAUAGAAGGUGUCAAGAAAGGAGACGGCCACUCGAGUCGGGACUUCAAGACGACGAAGACUAGAGAUCAGAUCAGCGAGAGCUUCAACUUCUUCGUCGACGGCGGCGCUGAAGUCCAAGCCAGGUAUAUCAGAAGACUGAAAGCCAUCCGUGCAACGCUGGAAGCAUCACCGUUCUUUAGCAAUCAUGAGGUCAUCGGCAGCUCUCUCUUGUUUGUCCACGACCGGACGGGCAAAGCCUGCGUCUGGAUGAUCGACUUCGGCAAGACCACGCCCCUCCCCGACAGCUUCACCAACGACCAUCGGACGCCCUGGGUGGAGGGCAACCACGAGGACGGCUAUCUCUAUGGGCUGGACCAGAUGAUCCAGGUCUGGACCGAACUAGAAACCACGAAACCAGCAUCAUAGUCCAUGCUGCCCGCCCUCUGUAGUUGUUGUAGCGUUUGGUGUAACCUUUGAACUGAAUCUAGUCAGCUGAGGAAAAAGAGAGAGAGAGAGAGACGGGGGUAGAGCAAUGGAUACAAUCCCCCGUAACUCGUAACGGAGCCAUUCCGCGAGACGACGGCGAGAGAUCCCAUCGGAGGAGAGGAAGGCCUCCUGCUCCAGGGAGGACAGCCUGGAUGGGUUGUCAGGCGGACGGUGGUGUUUCAGCAUUUCAAGAUGUUGGAUUUGAUUUUUGUUUAUGUUCAUGGAGUGUCAAAAUUCAUCUCAGGUCCAGAGACAGCGCGAGAGGAACCAAGUUUUCUGCCAAAAUUUAUAUGCAGAAAUAUAGAUGUUAAUAGUAAGAAUGUAUCACCAGUCACCAGUGUCCUCAUCAGGCUGCUAGGACAACAUACAACCCCAAGGAGUGGACCUUCAGAGGUCUUGGACUUUGUUUGAUAAGAAUCCUCAAAGAGGGCCGUGUCUGUUGAAGUUAAGUGUCAGGUUCACAGUCCAAAUAUGGACUUGUAUGCACAAGACGUACCUUAUCAUUUGCACAUCCUAACGGUUAAACUCGCAUAAUACCCUUUGCUUUAUUAGCUUGAGAUAGAUUGGGAUAAACCCUAUUCGUAAUGCACAUGAAACAAAAGAACACCCUAAGAGGUUAAAUGCCAGUAACCCAAUCUCAUCACAAAACCAUCUCCAAGUGAACUAAAAAACGGUUAUGGGUUUUGUAAGCUUUGUCCGUUCUAAUUGUUGGACUGAUGUCAGUUUGGUCGGUGUGACAGGGUCAUUACAUCCUGGAGAGGGACUCCACUUUUACGCAUUGGAGUCCCUGAUCAAGUGUUUCUUUGCCAAGAUACUAUAGAUGCCUUUGUAUACAGGUGGCCUUUCCAACUCAGGUUGAAAUAAGAGGUCGGGUCCUUUUGGAUGUGUCUAAAAAAAAAAUCUGCAAACUGUUAGUGGUGCCCCCUUUUCCACUUUUGUUUCUUGUUUCUUUGUGUUUUGCAACUAUGCAAGAAUUUGGUUCAUAGUGAAAUAAUUAUCCUUGCUUAUAUAGCGCCUAACACUUACUUUAUCAGAAGUCUCUAAGCGCUGUACAAUAAUGCAGCAUGAUAAAGGGAUUUUUUUCUUCACAGGGGCUGGGCACCACAUACAGUUCAGCAGAGUUUUUUCCAUCUUUUCCAGAAUGUGGCUACCCUUGGUAAAAAGGACCCAGUAAUAAGUAUUUUCAUCAUUACCAGUCCGUCAUAUGCAAUUCUGAUCAAUGGAGCAUCGACAUGCUUGUGGUAUGUGAGUCGCGUUCUAUGAUCGCAAGUUCCUAAUGCAAAUGGCCCAAGCUUGCAUUAGCCAUGAAGAAGAAUGACUUGAGACAAUUCCUCUACAUUCAUUCGGAUUUCAUCCCCUCUCCCAACACUCAGAAAUCUGUUGUUAUAAUAAGCAACGGAUGUACCUGUGUGCCUUUCAGUUAUACUCUACAGUACAGUACAUCUCACAUCCAAACAUUACACUGGUGGUGUUUAUACUAGUUUGACUUUUUUGUUCUCAUCGGGAAUUUUUUUUUGAGAUUUGUCUAUAAAUUUCAAGUUUCAUUUUAUACAAAUGUGGUGAUUUUUUAAAGUGGAAAAAUAAGGCAUGUUCCACACUGUUGGUUGUCACAUUUAUUUUUCUUUCUUUUUUUAUUAAUCUUUCUAUUUAGCAUAACACAGGUAGCUCUUAACAGUAACGUGAUGUCUUAUAGUGCUUAUGUUUUGGUACCAAAUUUUCUACGUUUUAUUUCAUAGCUUAUGCCUUAUUUAUAUAAACACGAUUGUUUUAUUUUAUCUUUAUCUUUCAAUGUAAAUUGACACCAGAGGCUUGUUUAUAACCUUUCCCCAAAAAUCAAUCGCCUUUCUGCCUGAUUUUGAAUUUAACCGAGCCUUGUAACGCAUUUGCUGCAGUCGAUGUUCUCAGUAUGUGUUCUUAGGUUGUUCGCGUUCACUCUUGUCACGUUUCGUAUCAAUUUCUCUCUCUCCCCCUCUCUCUCUCUCUCUCUGCACCUUCGUAAUUUUCAAAAGUAAUAACAAAAAUCUCAGUGUAAAUUGUAUCGAUGCAUAUUGCUUGAAUUUGUAUAUAAUGGUAUUGCUGAUCAGCAUUUUUCGUAAAUUAUAGAUUGUACAUUUUCACAUUACUAUAGCAAGUUUAUUAUUAGAUAUUUACUCAAGAAAUAACAUGGGUUCGUAAACGUCUGCGAAAAUGCCGAACAAUGAAGCUCGGCGUGACGGCAGAUAUAGAGCUAAUGAUAUUAAGGAUGUUGUAACUUCAAGAUGAUGAGCUUUUAUAUAUGAUACGAUGUUCCAGCACCACAUAUGUUGGCUUUGUCAAAUGCAAUUUGAAAUCUUUCCAUUCUUUGCGUGAAUAUGAGUUUCAACAAGUUAUCGUGCCUAUCGAUUUCAUGGCUGUGAACAAGUUACAUUUCAUAAAUUGAUUAAAAAAUUAAUUGUGUGUUAACAUAGGAUCAGGGUUUUUAAUAUUUUAGAAGGCAACUCAUUUUUACUUUCCGUUGGGACUGUUUGUUUUGUUUUUAAGCGUAAAUGCCUUCUUUCCUGGUAUAACUUGUUUAAUUUUAACAUUAUCGUGUAUGUCGUCAAAUUAUCUCCAUCUAAACUCCUCAACGAAAGUUCUGCAAUUCAAGUUUGAGCCCUAAUAUAUUCCUUGUUAUUAUAUUAUCAUAUUUAACAUAUACUAACGAGAGAUAUCAACGCUAAAACUUGAAUUGCAGAACUCUUUCAGGGACUUAUUUGGGUUCUUUUGAGUUAUUAAUACUUCAAACAUUACAAAAGUCAAUACUCUCAUGUAACAUGAGAUAAAUUAGUAUGCAAAUGUGUUGGAGAAAAUGGUGAGCAUUCGAUUUAUAUUUUUAUAAGGGGAAAAAACAACUGCCAAUUUUCUACAUUCAUCCCUUGUAAGAUUGAAAAUGUUCGCUAAUCUUCAAUACUUUUAAUCUUUGAAUCUUGUCAAAAUCUUCAUAACAAAACUAGAAGAUCUCAAUUUGCUACAUCCUUAAAUCUUUCUUGUAAUGCAUAAACAUGAAAUUCUUCUAUUAAUAUUUUCAAAAUCAUAUUUCAUAACGAAAUGCUUUUCAUGAUUGUUAAAGGUGUCCAUAUCUUUCAUUUGUCAUGUGUAUUCCAUUUCAACAUUCCCCAAGAUCCUCAGACAUUUAUAUCAAAACCUAUAAAACAUGACUGUCUUUCAGCAUUUUCGUUUGUAAUACUACAGGGCCAGAUGUUGACUGUAAGAGUCACAUUUUAGUCUUAUUUUAAUGUUAUUUGGAAGUGUGAACUGGUGCAUUCCAUGCCGAGUAGCGUCAGGAGUUAUGUAAGCUCUAUUAACACUGUAACCCAAAAUCAUCACUUGUU